CGUAUUUCUUCCUUGUUACGAAGGUUGAUACUUAAUUCAAGACUUGGAACAGGUAUCACCAUGACUACUAAUACAAUUCCUUGUGGUCCAUGUUCAGUGCGACAGAUAACCAAACCCUCAACACACUGGUGCGCGGAGUGUGAAGAAGCCAUUUGUGAUGACUGCCAAGGACAUCAUAAAGUACUCAAGGCCACACGAAGUCACGAACUCAUACCAAUUGACAAAUACAUAUCUCUGCCGUCCUUUAUUACUGAAAUACAGCAGUCAUGUACCUAUCACAAUGAAAAGUAUCAACAAUACUGUGUUGCGCAUACGUUACCAAUUUGUCUCAAAUGCAUUAAAGAACACAAGACAUGCAACGUCAUUCCUCUUGAUGAAGUCACUAAUAACGCAAAGACAUCCGGACACUUUCAAGAUUUAGAAACAAGACUGGUGGACUUAUUACAGAACAUUGAUGGCAUUAAGAAAGUCCGAAAGGCUAAUUUGGUCAGUAUUGAAGAAAGGAAGGAGUUACAUCUUGCAGAAAUUCAACAAAUAAGAAACCAAAUAAACAAACAUUUAGACAAACUUGAAAAAGAAAUAAUACUAGAUCUUGAGAAAAAAGAACGUCAAUGUAAGAAGAAUAUUCAGAACAUUUUAACAUCAGUUAAUGAAAAGGCAAACUUAAUAACAGAAUAUCAGGCCAAUCUUCAAAGCAUCAAACAACAUGCUUCCAAUCUUCAAACAUUUCUAGUAAUGAGAGACAUUGAGAUAACAGUUUUUGAAAACGAACAAUAUUUACAAUCGUUGGUUGAAACUAAAAAAUUGGACCCAGUCGACCUGAUUUGUAAUGUAAAUCCAGGGGUGACUAGUAUUUUGAACAGUUUGAAGAAUUUUGGAUCAAUUGAAAUAAAAACGACACCGAGUAGCAUUCGUUUAAACAGGGCGAAAGGCAAACAAGCACAGUUGCAAGUAACACCAACGAAAAAUAUUAACGACUUGAAGUUAAUUCUAAAAAAGAAAAUUACGACAGAUGGUGUGAAUGUUAGAGGUUGUUGCAUGUCAGUUAAUGGCGAUUGUUUUUUCACCGACUAUUACUUGAGAAAAAAACUCAAUGUUAUUUCGUCAGAUGGUACAUUUAAAUAUAGUAUGUCGCUUGAUCCUUGCUCUGGGUUUGACAUAACAGUAAUCGAUGAGAAAACUAUCGCUAUCACAUCUGGAGGAUCAAAUGAGUACAUCGGAAUUGACAUAAUAGACACCGACAGCCGAAAGAAAAUAAAUUUCAUCAAACUUUCCGAUCAUCCAUGGGGAAUCACACGUGAUCACGACUCACUAUUUGUCUGUGUUGAAGGACGUGGUAUAUAUAAAGUAAACAUUGUGGAUUAUACUACCUCUCACGUGAUCAGUUGUAACUUAUCGUCAUAUUCUUACGUAUCUGUAUUCGCCGACAAGAUAUACUACACUAACAGGUCUGAUCACAGUGUAGUUUGUUGUGACCGUAAUGGAUCACGUGUUUGGACUUUUCGAGAUACUUUAGUUUUGAUGCUUCCGAGAGACAUCGCUUUAGAUAAUGACGGUAACGUGUUUGUUAUCGGAGAGAAUUCGUCCAAUUUGGUCAUUAUAUCAAAUGAUGGAAAACUCCACAGACAAGUUCUGACCAAAGAAGAUGGUCUCUGUGGGCCGUCUGCCAUUUUCUUUAAUAAGCAAAUCAGGAAACUUCUUGUUGCGAACAAUAAAGAAACUGCUUUCCUUUACAGUGUUACUUAAGGUGAUUGGAAUUAAGGAUGUACCUAGGUGAAGUGAGAAUUUUUUUAUAAAAUCAACAAGUGUGUAAACCAGGGUUAUUCUAAAAGAAUAAUGUGUAAAGGACUAAAAAAUGCUAUAAUAAUGAUACCUUAUGGGCAUUGUUUAAAAAAUGCGGCCUCUAGAAAAUACCUGGAUAUAUCUAAUUAUUGCACCUCUGAAAUUCCUUACCUUGAUAUCUAGAAGUUUAAAAAAUAUCAUUUACCUCAUGCAUCUUCAUAAUAUUUGUAUUUUAGACAUCACUUUACCAAAAAAAUUACAAAAGACAUUAAAUCUUUGAUGGUUAUCAAUUUUAUUCGUGAAUAACUAUAGCAUAUCACAGAAUCAGGUUUCGCUUUUUUUUCUAUAACAACAUAAUAUUUCAUAUAUAACCAAAAUCAACCAUUUAAUAUAAUUUUGGCAUUUCAUAGGCAUAACAAUUCUUAUUAAUUAGAAAACAAAAUAAAAAUAUGUUAUGGAUGAAAAUUUUUAGUUAUUUCAUAAUUUGCACCCCCCUUUUUUUCUCCUAAACCAGUCAGACCAAUUGGAGUAUACAUGAAUAUUGCACUAUCUUAAUGAAUGUAAAUCAAUGGUAUAUAGUACUGCAAUUGUAGUGAGAUCAAGUCUCAAUAUGUUAUCUGAAUCCUAAAAUACUCCCAUUUUUUACAAAUCACAUUUGAUGCACAUUGGGCAAACGUUACCUAGUCAUAUAAUUCGGUAGUCUAACAGAAAGAAGGAACUACAUUUUUUUUAAAUAAGAUGAUACACCUUACAUCUAAACAACAUUUAAGCAUCAUAUCAAAUUUCAAGUAAUUCCCAUUUACAGAGUGUGGAAAAAUUCUGUUGAUCAUGAACGACGCCUUGUAACUGUGUCGAUCAGAAUAAAAAAGGUGUGCAUCUGGGUAAAAAAUGGCAAAGUGGAAAAUGUG